CAGUCAAAGACACUAGGACUUCACGUGCAAGAAUACGAAGAGAACCUGAAGAAGUCCUGGGUUUGGAAAGAGCUCUAUUCAGUCAGAAACAUCCGCCCGUCCUGCCACACUGCACUCGGCUUGUAUGGAGGAAUGCUUUACACGGGUGUGUUUUAUUGGAUACUGAGAGGAAUGGAGCCGUGGACAUUAAAUCAUCCAGGACCAGAUUUUGCUCAACUCAAGCCAGCCAAAGACUGCACACCUAUUGAGUAUCCAAAGCCUGAUGGAAAAAUCAGUUUUGAUCUCCUAUCAUCUGUGGCUUUAAGUGGUACAAAUCAUGAACACGAUCAGCCUGCUCAUUUAACCCUAAAAGAUGACAGUGUCCCUGUGAACAGAAACUUGGCUAUAUUCGAUGGACCAGAACAACGAUUUUGUCCAGCAGGAGUUUAUGAAUAUAUUCCUCUGGAAACGGGAGAAGGAUCAAGACUGCAGAUAAAUGCUCAGAACUGUGUCCACUGCAAAACAUGUGAUAUCAAAGACCCAAGUCAGAACAUUAACUGGGUAGUCCCCGAAGGUGGAGGAGGACCAGCUUACAACGGGAUGUGAUCAGCUGAAAACUGUUCCAUGACUUGACCUCCAACAGAUAAGUUGGAAUGCUUUAUGCUGCAGUGUAAUUGAAGUGCAGCACUGACUUGAAUGUUAAACAGUUUGAGAGUAACGUGCUGUGCCAAAUGUUAGGUAUGACCAUUACAUUAAAUGGAAAGUCAGUGCAUUCGGGUUAGACCCCAGCCUUAUUUAAAAAGAACUUCUUCCCAGAAUGCAGUGGCAGGCAGAAGAAAAGUUCUUC